CGGAGACGGAGACGCUCCUGUUUCUUCGUGCGUCGAUUCCUCCACAGCGGCUUCAACCCUCGUCCACCAUGGAGACCAAGCCGGUCAUCACCUGCCUCAAAACGCUGCUCAUCGUCUACUCCUUCGUGUUCUGGAUAACAGGGGCCAUCCUGCUGGCCGUGGGGGUCUGGGGGAAGCUCAUGCUCGGCCCCUACAUCUCCCUGAUCGCCGACAACUCCACCAACGCGCCGUACGUGCUGAUCGGCACCGGCACCGUCAUCAUCGUGUUCGGCCUGUUCGGCUGCUUCGCCACCUGCCGGGGAAGCCCCUGGAUGCUGAAGCUGUACGCCAUGUUUCUGUCGCUCGUCUUCCUCGCUGAGCUGGUGGCGGGAAUAUCCGGAUUCGUGUUUCGCCAUGAGAUAAAAGGAAACUUUCACAGGACUUACACUGACGCCGUCCUGAACUACAACGCCGAGAACGAAGCGAGCCGCGCCGUCGACAACCUGCAGCACAAGCUGCGCUGCUGCGGCGUCUACAACUACACCAGCUGGUUCGCCAGCGUGUACUACCCGCCCCACGGCAUCCCGGCCAGCUGCUGCUUCAACUCCUCCGACUGCAGCCCCGACGCGCUGCGCAACGCUACGGUGGCCCCGAGCAAGGUGUUCCACCAGGGCUGCUUCGAGCUGGUCACCUCCUUCAUGGAGACCAACAUGGCCAUCAUCGCCGGCGUGACGUUCGGCAUCGCCUUCUCCCAGCUGAUCGGCAUGCUGCUGGCCUGCUGCCUGUCCAGGAUCAUCACAGCCAACCAGUACGAGAUGGUCUAGCUGACGUGACGCGGCAGGGAGAUAAAGAGAAGAAGAGUCCCGGCUCGCCGCGAGAGUCCGUUCCAUCAACGCCAUCGACACCCCCGACCUGGAAUGAGCUCCGACUAUCUCUCUGCCUGUGAUCUUAAUGUAAAAUCUUAAUGUAUGUUACUGUAAAGCACUAUUUCCUCGACCCAUCAAAGCUUUCUGCAGCAUCAUCGCGCCGCUGCU